UGCACUCACUUUACUCCGACCUCAACUCUCUCUCUUCCAUCCAUUGCCUUUGGGUGCUUCCGAUGGACAACGCUUUCGAUCCUGACUUGAUUCACGCCAUUUUCAAGCUCGUAUGGAGCAGAAGAGCCCUUGAGCGUGAGAAGAUCGAAGGCUCCGAUAAUGCCCUGGAUGCCGAGGUUGGAGCAGGAACAUCCAAGAAGAAUCGGCCAACCUCUGCAAAUGCAAAUGCACUAAAGUUGAGUUGCGAACUUCUCCGAGUCUUCGUCACAGAGGCCGUGCAACGAGCAGCUACAAUUGCUGAAGCAGAGGGUGUUAGUAAAAUAGAGGCAACUCAUUUAGAGAGGAUUCUUCCGCAGUUGCUUCUAGAUUUUUAACAGCGAGAUUUACUUUGGACGAAGGAAUGUGCAGCGGACCCGUGACAAAUCUCGUUACUUCCUGUAGCGAGAUUUAAUCAGGAACAUUAAAUAUUUAACCACCCGGCGUUGGAUGCGUGGCAAAGAUUUGCUUUGAAAUUGAACUUCUUCCUUGUCUGUGCUCGCGGACGAACCAGGAAGAGAGGAGCAGCACUUUGCGUAGAGGAGAGUUCACUUUACAGAGCUGUCGGACAAUAUUGCAGGAGAACAGAGCAGGUGACUGUUGGAGAUUGCCUGUUGCUCGUCGAACGUUGGGGAGAAGGUAUAAAAGGGGGAGAUGAGGUAUGUGAUUCCUACAUAACCCUUUGUUACUCAUAUUUUUUAUUUUCGCUGAAUCUGCUAUUUUGAAUGAAGUUUUAAUUAUUUUGUUGUUGAUUGGAAGCGUAUGUCGAAAACUCCCAACACUGAGGUUAGGAUUAUUUUGAUUUUCUUUUUUAUUUCCUUGAAUUUUAUAUUGAUUUUACUGCCAUGUAUUUCAUGUGUUUUUCAUUUCAGUUAUGUAUUUCAGCUAUUAUUAUUAAGUAUGAAAAUUUUUAUUUAUAAUUAUGUUUAUAAUGUUAUGAAAUUAUAACAAUUUGAAUGGAGGUGAGGAUUAUUCAAAAUAACAGAUUCAAAAUACAUUUCAGUUAUUA